ACCAUUUUUGAGUUUUGGACAUUUCGUGUCCUGCAAGCUUCGAAACAAUGGACAUGGUAGAGCUCUCACUGGGGCUGGUCCUCCUGUUAGUGGUGUAUGGAGCAGGCAGCUAUAGCCCAAAACACAGGAUGGUUGCUCAGUGGGGUCCGUGGUCGGUUUUUACCCAGUGCACUGCCUCGUGUGGCGGUGGAAUUAAAGUGAGGACAAGGUCUUGCGAUGUCUACUACACUUCAGCUAAGGGCAACGGGUAUGACAGCACCACUUGUCCUGGAGUUUCUGUCGAAGUUCUUCCAUGUAACACCAAGAAGUGUGUCAUUUACGGCGGAUGGGCUCCCUGGUCGAUCUUCAGCGGAUGCUGUCAUGGUUCGCAAAUCCGCCACCGCAGCUGCUCCGCCCCGGUCCCCGUCAAUGCUCCCGAGUGUAAAGGGGACGCCGUUGAGGUGACUCUUUGUUCUAAAGGCGCAAAGGAAACUUGUGGCGGCUGCCCAUCGGCAUGUCCCAAACCGUAUAAGCCCUUCUACCAGAAGCAUUAGAUAAAAGGGCGAAUGAAGACAAUGAAGCGAAUCAAGGCAAACUGAAGACAAGGCCCUUAUCAUAACAGUGACAGUUGACAAGAAAAGAGGAAUAAGAAGAUUGUGAAAAUCACCUCUUGUGUGUGUUAGUUUGUCUCAUUGUCACCAGCCUAACUCAUAAAAUCAUGGGUGUAUUUUAAUGAAAUGUUCAUGAUAGGUCACAAAUGGGCUAACUCAGAAGUGAAUAUACAUUGUACUUUGGUGAUGAUCCAUUAAUUAAUUAAUGAUUAAUUAUUAGUUAAUAAUUUGACUUGGCGGAAAUCUGCGCCCUCUGAAUGCUUUUCUAGUUUGGGAUUUGAGUUCGUGAAAAUGUAUUUAUACUUAUGAUUUAUUACAUUAAAUUGUAAGUUAUGUAUUAAUAAAAACAAAAAUAAAUAUUUUAGGGAAAGUUGAAAGAAUCUCACCUACGAAAUUAAUUAAAUGUCAGUGUUUUUGUAAUCUUGAAACAUUUUUUCUAAUUUUCUUUUUGUGACAUGCAAUAAAAAGCUUAGAGAAUUA